ACACUGCUGUGCUGUCAACUCAACGUUACUUUAACCUCAAUUUGCUGUUGCAAUUUCGCGUUUCACGGUGUCGUUCUUAAAAACAGCUACAUAUAUCGAAUAUUAGAAAUUUAAAAUGACAAAGCUACGAAAACAAAGAAGAAGGAAAGUUUUCAGGCACGCCGUAAACAGAAAACGACUACGUAACAAAAUUUUUGGUGUAGGAAGCAUAAAAUGCAAAGAAAUAAAGGAAGCUUGGGACAACAAGAGAUCUGUCGAGACUAAUAUGAAAGACAUGGGUCUUUCCUGUGAUCCUAACAAAACUAUACAGGUCCCAAAAACCCUGAAGGCGUCUUUGAUGUCUAACCAAAACGAAUGGAAAGAAGAAGAAAUCCCUCAACCAGAAUCUUCUCGUUCAAAAUCGCGAGUGGCUCAGAUGUUGGAGGAGGAUGCUAAAGCGCCAAGAGUGAGAAAGAUCAGGCUACCCAACAGCCAAAUUGAAUGGUUAUCAUACCUCAUACUCAAAUAUGGAAAUGAUUAUAAAGCUAUGGCGAAAGACAGCAAAAAACUACUAUCAAGAGACCUGGAAACAAAUAAGACAAAAAGUAAGAAGAUUCAGAUCCAUUCCUGAGCAAUACUAUAUGUUUUUGAGGAAAAAUGAUAUAGAUAUAUCUCGUGAUCCAUUGAACUCUGAAAAAGAAUUAUCUGAUGAUGAGUUGUGAUUAAGCUGGUGGUUUUAUUGUGUUUAUUAAUUUUUGGGUGUUAAUUCAGUAAUUAUUUUAGUUCACUCCUUAUAUUUAUUUUGUUUCAAUAUGUAUAUAACAACAAUAACAACUAUUAGAAUGGUAGUAUAACAUUUGUUGGCCUUAUAUGUCUUGUAUAAAAUAAAAGCCUCCCAAAUUA